AUGAACUACCCUCGCAGCAUCCUCCAGUCGGCUCUACGCCGGUCUACGACACACACGCAAAGCCUUUGGCGACCAGCGGCCCGGAAUAUCAGCACCGCGACACAGCCGAAUGUCCCACGUCAAUCAUCGCGGUGGCCGCGCCGUCUAAUCUAUGCGAGCAUCUUUGGGACACUUGGCGUCAGCGCAGGCAAAUGGUUGGACAACAAAGUCUCAGUUCCUCCAGCGCCUGGGACCCUCGAGGAUCAGAUGGAGCUUCAAGGAAUCCAACGGGUGUUCGACGUUGGACUGCCUAUCGUCCAGGAACUGCGCCGUGACCCGGAUUACGUGGAAAAGGAGGUCUAUCAAAACUUUGGGGAGGAGCAUAAAACCCACCGGUUGACAUCAGGCCCCAUGGCUGGUAGUAGAUCGCUGGGACUACAGAGAGUCUUUUGGAAUGAUAAGGAGAAAAAGAUCAUUAGCGUGGUCUUCUUGGGGCCCGGCCUCGAAGGCUGGCCAACCAUGGUCCACGGAGGCGCAAUCGGGACUGUUAUCGAUGAGAACCUAGGGCGCCUAGCUAUUCGGCAGUUCCCUGCUCGAACAGGGGUCACUGCCAAUCUCAAUCUCGAUUACCGCGCCCCGGUAUACUCGGGCAAUUUCUAUACCGUGCAUUCCUCCCUGGACCAAGAUCGGAGCACGGACACCAAAGCAUAUGCUAGGUGUGAGGUUCGUGACAUGGCAGGUCGUCUAUGUGUGGAGGCAACGGGUCUUUUCGUUGUCCCCAAGAAACUCAAGCUAGGCAAGGUUGGGGAAUAUUUCUGA